AUGAAGGGCGCGUGCUUUUGUCGAUGGAGAUCAGGGGUGGGUCGGUCGUGGGCUGUGGCCAAUGGAUCGUGGGCUGUCAGGCCCCUUCUUUACUUUAUUUACCGCGGAUCGAACGUGGAUCGACAGAAAUAUCUCCCUCCUCAACCCCUUUCUCUCCCUCGUCUCUUCCCAUCCCGCUCCUCUUCUCCAUGCCGCCGCCACCGCCGCUGCUUCUCCUCCCUCUCGGCCGCCUGUCUCCCCCGCCUCCAACACCUCCUCCUCUCUUUGCCUCCUCACCCAACCAGCACAGCCAGACCACGCGAUGUGGACGAGGAGGCAACAGAUCGGGAGGCGGGCAAGAGGAACCAGGCGGUUCUCCUUCCAUGGCCGGGCCUCGACCAGCCGCAUCUUCCUCCUCCCAGUCCGGCGGAGAGGAGUGGCGGAUCCGCCUCCUCAAGCGAGCAGGGGCGCACGGGGAUUCGAUCCAGGGAUCUCCUUGCGAGAGGCCGCCACCGUACCGACUCCAACCUGCAGCCUGUUCCAACUCAGAAAGUGACAGUUGUACAAGAAGAACCAGAUGCCACUGAAGAUGCCAACGUCCAACAGCGUGGAGGAGCCGGCUUCCCGUGUCAGAGUUGCGUGUACUUGCGGGCUACUUCACCGUCACCAACCCAUCUGGAAGAGGAGUCUGAUGUUGGAAAGAAGCAACUGGUACCAAAGCAAAAGCAUCACGACUCCCCUUACAAAUCAAUGAAGUGUUCUAAUUCUAAUUCUGGCGAUCUAAGCACCGGUCCAAGCAGCGGCUCUCCCUCGGCUAUGCCUGGAUGUUCGAGCUGUCAGUGUGGUACAGGAGCAGCAGCCACCACCGCUGCCAAGUAGCUCCAGCAAUCACGUGCUCACUCUUGCUUCACAGACUAUGUAUGAUCAGUUCAGAAAAUUGGAGGUUUUAGGAUCUUUGGAAGUUUUUUGAGGCAUCACCCUUCUUGUCCGCAGUUAAAAGGUUUGACGCAGUACAGCGUGGGGGAGGCGGUGUCCUCUGCAGCUAGGUCUACUUGCUGGCGACCUCACCAUCACCAACCCAUCUACAGCCUACUUGAAUGGAUAUGGUUCUUGAGAGGCCAUUUCUUUAUGCAUCAGGCCCUGAAGGUGGAUGUUGCUUGUAUGCUAAACAAGGAAGAGGCAUGCCCUACUUGGCAGCGACCACCUUCCACUCAAGGGAUAUAGCACUAUCAUUUAGCACACACUGUUCCAGGAGAAACAAUAAUCAUGAACAGAAACAGUAACCAACAAUAUCCCUACUGACCGGCGCGGCUCCACCAACGAUCCAUCAGCCCCUGGUACAGAAAGAGAUCCAGAAGCUCACGCAUGGAGGACAUGGACAUUGGUAUCGUCUGUGACGAGGGUUCCCCAGGAUCAAUAGCGUCAAGGACAGGAACGCCUGUGCCCAUGUAAU